UUGCGUUUGGCUUGGAUUCGCUAACAGAAGAUCGAGUAUGGCGUGAGUUAAGAUGCAUUGAAAGGUUGACCAGCCAGAAGCUUCGGCAAGCUACCAUGGCAAGUGAGAAGACAAGUUUCUGUAUUGUGAAAUAUGUCUUCUUUGCUUUCAAUGUUUUCAUCUGGUUGCUAGGAUGUGGAGUGCUUGCUCUAGGAAUCUGGCUACAAGUUAACCGUGGUCCAUUUGUUUCCCUCCUGCCAGCGUAUAGCUUCUUGAGUGCAUCUGCACUGUGUAUUACUGCAGGUGCAAUAAUCCUUGUUGUAGGUUUUCUCGGCUGUUGCGGAGCUUUCCUAGAAAAUCAGUGUAUGCUUAUUGGGUAUUUUGUUAUGGUACUUCUUAUCUUUGCACUGGAGAUUACAGCUGGAACAUUGGGCUUUGUCAAGAAAGAUGAGGUUCAAAUGCUUAUAAAGAAAGAACUAUUGUCUAGCAUAAAAACAGAGUAUGCACCUCGAGUGCAGAAUCCGGAUAUUGAGGGAUGGCGGGAAAUCUUUGACUCACUACAGCUUGAGCUGCAGUGCUGUGGUGUUAAUAACUAUACUGACUGGUAUAACAUUCAAGCCUGGCCAGACGAAGCCCGGGUACCAGACUCUUGUUGUGUGGAACCAGCCACAUCUUGUGGACAACUCGAUAAAUCAUUUUGGUUUGACAGGGGAUGUCUUGGAGAAAUAGAGUACUGGUUCGUUCGAAAUAUGUAUGUGCUGGGAGUCGUCGGCAUCACAGUAGGGGUUAUACAGAUUCUGGGUAUGGUUGCGGCUAUUGUAUUAUUCUGCUACCUCAGAAACAGAAAGUUCCUUCUCUGAUUGCUGCAGAAUUGAAAGAAAGACAUUAUGGUUUCAGUGUAUCGCAUUUGAGCUGGUUUUCAUUUGAUUCGGGUACUCAUGCCAUAAAAUAUGUCUUGGCACUCUAUUGCUCUAAAUAUCUAUUAUCGUGACUAUAACUUUUAACUAUGAUUGCCAGCCCAUUCUAUGAUGAGAUGUAGCUUACUAUUAUUUUAAAUUAUGGUAAACAUUUACAAGAGGUCCGAGGCAGGUUUAAGACACUAACAAGUGAAAGUUAGAUGAUGAUUUAAUGAUAUUCUUAGAAAGGUACAAACCAACUUGUGUCAAAAUGGAUCUAGUAUACAGUGUCACCUCGAUUUACUAUACUCGCAUUCGAUGCCAAUUUAAUGCCAAUCCCACAUGUCACCAACAUCCUGUCAUAAGUUCAGUCAGUAGAGCAGUCACCUGAGGUGCUUUGGUCGUAAGGUUGAAUCCUGUCGGUGGGCUCAUUCUCUGUUAGGGUAUUUUCCAUCCUAACGUGUGUUCGACAACUGACAUAUCAAAGGCCAUGGUAUAUGUAUGUAGGAAAGUGAAUACAAAAGAUCCCUUGCUGCUAAUGGAAAAAUGUACCGGGUUUAGUCUUAAGACUAUAUGUCUGAAUUAUAAAACGUUUGACAUCCAGUAGCCAAGAGGCAGGAUUUACAUGUAGCUCAUUCGGUAGAGUGCUUGCCUAAAAAGCUUGGGACGGAAUAUUAAACCUCCUUGAUGGGCCCAUUCUCUGACUGGAUUUCCCCCAGUUCCAACUAGUGCCUCACAACUGGUAUAUUAAAGGCCAUGGCAUGUGAUGUACUGUCUGUGGGAAAGUGAAUAUAAAAAAAAUCACCUGCUGCUAUGGAACAAUUUAGUGCAUUUCCUCUGCAGACUCAGAUUUACCAAAUGUCUGACAUCCAAUAGGUGAUGAACAUUUGUUUUAUUUCCCUUGAUUUACUAUCCCUCGCCAUCUGCCAUUUUUAAACAAAAUUCAUUUUAGCCAUUAUUAUAAUACUCUUGAUAUUGUGACCAUUGAUCAAGCUAAUCCUCAUUCCGUAAUUAAUCUGAUGAUGUUUCAUUACAGUCAACAACAAAUAUAUUGUAUCAAAUCCAGAUUCCGGGUAUUGAUUUAUAAAUAGAUAACUUGUGAUCUGGUAGUUGUUUUGUUUCUAAUGUUUAUUAUAUUUAAAAUAUGUAGGUCAGUUUGUUAACAUUCAGCAGCUUGAUCAUAAAAAUAUGUUUGGCACUAAACCUGAGGCACUCUUACUAUAUACAAAAUUAAAAAUAUUUUAUCUUA